AUGGCUCCCACUUGGGUCACUGACGCCUGGGCCACACCCAGCAUGGAUCCCGGUACCUGGAUCUCCAAUGAAAACACGCUCACAAUCGCUGUCAUCUUCCUUGGAGUCACCGGUAUCGUUCUUCUCGGACUAAAUAUCAAGCCCCCUUGCACACCCAGUUCCAAAGAUUUCGUUGCGCUCAAAGCAGCCUUCCUCUUAGUAGUUAUGUCCAUUUAUAACACGGCCAUGCGGCCCUGUGGCCGGGACAUUGGCUCAGAGAAAGAGGAAGAGCUUGGACUUCUCGGAAAUCAGGGAACAGAAGAAAUCGAGUCUGCAUACAACGGGCUCGAAAGGCAGCCUCUCGUCCACCCCAACAGCGCUCACUAUAAGCCUGCUGGGCCAACUUUGAACCGGGGGUCAUAUUAUGGAGCCACGGAUUUGCGACAACACAACGCACAGGAAGGAGAACAGACAACCGGUCACACAAACCAUCAGAAGCUUCAACGGGAUAAUUCAGAUGACUUCACACGACAACAAUUGAUGGCUAAGGCAACUGUUCAAUUUAGCCCAGUUGUUGCUGAGGGUAGAUAUAGUUCUUACGGAAUCACAAAGCAGGAACCAAUGAAUCCGUCAGCUGUUCAAUGCGUUCCGUUUCUUGUGGAGGGAGAACACACACAUCAUUUUGUUGAAGCAAAGGUUGCUACAUUUGUCUAG